AUGCAUGAGCCGCGUAGAAGGGGUGCAUGUGGGCAGUGCUCACGCAAGAAACGCAAAGUAACACCGGCACCUAAGAACAUCGACCAGUGUGACCACAAGCAACCGCGAUGCUCGCAAUGCGUCAAGCACGGCGAUGCCUGCGAGGCCCGAACAUUCAAGUUAUCGACGCCUGCUGCGUUUGAGGAGCGCCGUGCCAACAAGGCCAAGGCUAGAUCUUCACGAAGCCCUCGGUUUGUCGACGACGCUGGUCCGUCGAUAGAACCAGAUGGCAACGACAACAUCCCCAUUGCAUCGCCACCUUGUGUCCAAAGCUCUGGCCUUGCGAGCGGGACGCAAAAUGGCACGUUCGACCUGUUGCGCCCCCCGGAUCAACGGCUACUGCCGAGCAUCUUGCCAGCAGAAACCUCUCCUCGCAAUGACAUACGGGACCCGACGACGAGCGAUCAGACACAAGCUGACGAGACCGUGAGUCUCACUCCAGUCGUGCCAGAUGUACUGCCAAGCUCGGAUUACAACGAACCAUUCCCUUCCGUCUUCUUUCCAGGCCACGGGAGUCUAAGCCUCGACGCGUUUUCAAGUGCCAACCAUCUAUUGACGUCCUCAACAACCACCACCAUCUCCCCCUUUCUAGCCGCACCGGAACGUCUCUACUGCCCGAUGCCGUGGCCAGACGACAUGCUGGCCUCGCCCGAGCGCAGGUUCCUCUGGCAGUACUUCCUGUCGGUAGCGGAAGCCGACUUUCUGUGUCUGGACUGGGAAGACGUCGGCCAUCUGUACGGCUUCCAGCACCCGUACACCACAACCCUGCCACAGAUGGCUCUGUCGAGCAAGGCGCUCCGAAGUGCCAUCUUCUGCUUCACGGCCGGCCAGUACCAGCUGCGCCACAACAGCCGGGAGCAUUUCGCCCUGACCAAGACAGCGACAAGCGCAGAGGCGGUGCGUGCCAUGCGCACCCAGUUGCUGCAGACGGCAACCAGCGACGACGACCUGCUGCCGCUCAUCUGCGCGGCCACAUUGCUGCAUUACUUUGCCACGGAGAGGCAUGACUAUCUACGAAUCGCCUCCAACCUUGUCUCGCGGUUCAUGGCACGAAAAGCGCUUCAGCAGAGCCAGACACCCCUCUCGUUACCCGAGAUCCCCCUGACCGAGUUUCGAUGGACAGUCAUAUCCACGCUGUGCUCCCUGCGGCCGCCUCAAAGUCCACUUGGCGAGGAGGCCUGUCGGAUGAUCGAAAUGGACGACGACGAGAUCAGUCGCAAGUACUCGGACGCAUUCAGCGGUUGGAUCAGUCAUCCCAUUUACACAUUCUCCCCGAGGCUGGUCAAUCCUCUUCUACGCAUUGGGCGACUGCUGGAGGCACAGCUGCUACAACUCGACACCACGGCCACAGACCCUGACCUUCUCGCCGGCCAUGAUGAAGAUCGCAUAGCCGAAGCCGAGGAGAUGCUCCUUCACGCACGCGAACGCGACGUCGAUACAUCCAUAGCUCGCAUGCAGAUCAGCGAUCCCGCCGCUGUCGUCGCCCUCAACGAAUCCAUGUACGCAGCGAGCGCCAUCCUGCUAUACGCGCGUCUGCACCAGACACCGUUUACGGCGCCCUUUAUUCGGAAGCAAGUCCACGUUGUCACCCAAGAGAUUGCCAAGAUCAGCGUCGACUCCCGUGUGUCCUUCUCCGUCGUCUUCCCGCUGUUCAUCGCGGGCUGCGACGCCGCAGAUCUGUCGGUGCGCGACAUGGUCAGGGAGAGACUGCGAGAGCCCAAGGGCAUCUCUUAUGAUCGUGGCGACCUCGUCGGCGCGCUGGAGCACAUUUGGGACAUUCGCGAUGCCGAGCCGGGUUUGCUCUGGCCAGACUGGGUGGCCAAGGUUGAUCCAAAGUACCGAAUCAGCUGUCUGAUGUAA